GACUUCAUGUGAUCAAAAUAAUAUUGCAAAAUCUUAAUUAGGUCAUUAAAACGCUAAUGGUUAAGCCAAAUCGAUGAGACGUUUUAGCCGUCUGCAUGAUUAAUACAUGCCUUUUCAAGAAGUUCAUCUAAUAUGACUGUAUACUGUGAAAAUGUAUUAAUUGUGUGACCACAAUCAAACACUAAGUUAGUCAAUCAUGUCGGGAACAACAAGCCAUGACUUGGUUGCCAGUUUGGUACACACAAUAAACUCCCAUACAUCUGAUGUCAAUGGAGUCUGCUUCUCAAAAGACAGAAAACUAGCAACCUGCUCAGCUGACAAGACUGUGAGGGUAUGGGACAUGACCUCCUACAAUGAACUGCCUUUCUCUCCGCUGUGUGGACAUACAUACUACGUUCACUGUUGUUGCUUUUCACCAUUUGGGACACUAUUAGCCUCUUGCUCUACCGAUGGUAAAGUCAUUAUUUGGGAUGCGAAGACAGGCCAGAAGAAAUGUGUGUUACAGCACGAGAGUAAAUCUCCUAUCAGAGUUUGUAAGUUUUCACCAAACUCUGCUCAGUUGAUCUCUGGAAGCGAUGACAACAAUGUCUGUCUGUGGGAUGUCUCUUCUGGAGCCCUUGUGAUAACCUACAAGGGACAUGAAGGGACAGUGAUAGCACUGGACUUCACCCCCAAUGGCGAGUACAUCGUCUCUGGAAGUAAUGAUGGGGACCUGCAGGUGUGGGAUGCUAGAUACGGUCACGCCAAGGCUCUGCUACUCCUCCUGGACUGCCAUGAUCUAGGUGUCAUGUGCUGUGAUUUCUCACCCAUAUAUGGCUCAGCUGGUAAUGGAGUUAUGCAUGGCAUCACCACUUAUCAAUUGGCCACAUGUGGAAUGGAUGAUCUGUUGAAGUUGUGGGAAUUUGUUGCCACAACAGACACAAAAGUGAGUUUGAAACAAACAUUGGUUUUCCAUGGUCAUGAGGGAUCUGUGUUAUGCUGUAAAUAUUCUAUCAAUGGUCGAUUACUUGCUUCAGCAUCCAAUGACAAAACAGUGCGGCUCUGGGAUCCGAUUCAAGGGGUAGCUCUGCAUGUCAUAGAGGGACAUACCAGGUAUGUUAUAACUGUGGCCUUCUGUUACAGGUAUGUCAUAACUGUGGCCUUCUGUUACAGGUAUGUUAUAACUGUGGCCCUCUGUUACAGGUAUGUUAUAACUCUUGCCCUCUGUUACAGGUAUGUUAUAACUGUGGCCUUCUGUUGCAGGUAUGUUAUAACUGUGGCCUUCUGUUUCAGGUAUGUUAUAACUGUGGCCCUCUGUUACAGGUAUGUUACAACUGUGGCCUUCUGUUACAGGUAUGUUAUACCUGUGGCCUUUUGUUACAGGUAUGUUAUAACUGUGGCCUACUGUUACAGGUAUGUUGUAACUAUGGCCUUUUAUUACAGGUAUGUUAUAACUGUAGCCUUUUGUUACAGGUAUGUUAUAACUGUGGCCUACUGUUACAGGUAUGUUGUAACUAUGGCCUUUUAUUACAGGUAUGUUAUAACUGUAGCCUUUUGUUACAGGUAUGUUAUAACUGUGGCCUACUGUUACAGGUAUGUUGUAACUAUGGCCUUUUAUUACAGGUAUGUUAUAACUGUAGCCUUUUGUUACAGGUAUGUUAUAACUGUGGCCUACUGUUACAGGUAUGUUGUAACUAUGGCCUUUUAUUACAGGUAUGUUAUAACUGUAGCCUUUUGUUACAGGUAUGUUAUAACUGUGGCCUACUGUUACAGGUAUGUUGUAACUAUGGCCUUUUAUUACAGGUAUGUUAUAACUGUAGCCUUUUGUUACAGGUAUGUUAUAACUGUGGCCUACUGUUACAGGUAUGUUGUAACUAUGGCCUUUUAUUACAGGUAUGUUAUAACUGUGGCCUUCUCCAGUGAUGGGCAGUACCUGGCCUCAGGCUCCAAUGACAGAACGGUCAUGAUCUGGAAGCUUCAGUCGGAGCAGCAGAUCUUCACCGCACUAGAGAAUGGUGAGCCAGUGUGCUCUGAUGCGCCUAGUCAAAGUCACACAGUUGUCAUGGACCCCCACAAGAUGUCAGUGGAGGAUGUGUGUCAGUGGCUAGAGGAGAUCGGUCUGGAGCAGUACGUGGCCUCGUUCAGGAAACAUGACAUCGAUGGGCUGGAGUUGAUGGCUUUGACCCAGGACUCCUUGGCAACAGGACUAGGGAUUGAAUCCAUGGGGCACAGAAGCAAGCUUAUACGAUCUCGCAGCACACUGCUGCAGCAUCCCAUCAUACAACAGAAAAGCAUUCUGGAUUCCGGAGUGCCAGAUGAGUACUUGUGUCCAAUAACAAGAGAAAUCAUGAAGGACCCAGUCAUAUGUUCAGAUGGCUAUUCUUACGAGAGGGCAGCCAUAGCAAGCUGGAUGAACAAGGGGAAGAACUGCAGUCCGAUGACCAACGCUGUCCUUACAAGCAAGGAUCUCACACCCAACCGCAGCCUCAAGAUGCUCAUACAGCGAUAUCUCAACCCUUAGACAACAUUGGCAUGCACUGAUGUUUCGACUUGUACAUAAGACUACAUCGUCUAUGUGAUUCACUCAGUGAUAUCUCAACCCUUACACAAAACUAUCAUACAGAGAUGUGUUGACUCAUAGAUAAUACCAUGUCAUGUAUGAUGGAAUAAUAUCUCGAGACUUAUACAACAUAGCCAUGUAUGUGAUAUCUUGGCAUGUACACAAUUCCUUGUCAUACAGUGAUAGCACAACCUCUUGCAAUACAACGUUUCAUCUAUUGACAUGUCAACAAGACGAAAAUAAUGUCAAACUCAUAGGGGUGUCAGACCUAGAUAAAAUAUAAUUACACAAUACUAUUUGAACUCAAUGGCAAGACUGUAUAAGACAUUGAUGUAAAGUCACUAAUAUAGUCAAGUAUAAAAUAAUCAAAAAUAGAUUCCUUGAAAAAGUUAUAAUUAUGUGACCCUAGGGGCAAGAUUUGAACCAAUUUUGUAGAGGAUCUUAUGUGAAGGAAACAUCUUUUGCAUAAUUGUUUUGAUAUAUUUCAUCAGAUUAUUUCUUUCAGUCUUUUGAGUCAAAUGUUUGGAACAUAUCUAGUGCUUGCAACUGCUCAAAUUGUAUGAUCUUUUACAGUUUUUGGAACGUUCUAUAGCGUUACAUGGAGCAGGUGUUAUGCAAUAUAAAUGUGAGGGAUUGAAGAAUAAUAUUUUAUUACGCUGUUUUAAGACAAAUUGUUCCCACUUAAUUUUCAAAUUAUUUUUAAAAUAAUUGAAUUACCCAUGCACACAUGAUUUUCACACCAGUCUAACAACAUACAUGCCUUAAAGACAAACACAAAUAUGACCAUAUAGCUGAUGAUUGGAUCAUCCACUCCUCUGAACUUCUCAUUGCACAAACUCAUAAUUGGAGCUGCAUGAACAAUUUCAUAGUGAGAAAAUCUUUGAUGUCAUCUUAAGAAUUUUUAAGGAGCGUACGUUUAAGGAUGCAAUAGUUUUUAAACUGUCUAAAAUAAAGUCAAACUUCACCCAUUUUUACAUAUUGUUAUUAUAAUUAAAUGAUCAACUCUUGGGCAAAAUUUACGUUCAAAAGGGCUAGUUACCUGACAAUGAAUUGGGAUUUCAAAUACUUAUUUUGCUGGGGGAUUUUCUGAAAUUUAAUCAAAGCUAUUGUAGAAAUUUAAAUUUUAUAUUUAUAUUCCUUUUGCAAUAUUGCGAAACAAAAUAUGUUUAACAUAUUUAUUGGUGCAUAUGAUUUAUGUGGCUAAUUUACGGUUUGCUAUCUUUUUAAUGGAUUGUUUGUAUGUAAUAACAUUAACCAAAUUUUUAUAAUUUCCAUGUUAUUUUUUGUAUGUGUGUGGAUAUGUAACUGUUAUACUUCUUAAGAAUAUGUUUAUUUAAUUGUAAACAUUUGAUAUCCAUGUUUUCCAUAGCUUAAAAAGCUGCAUGUUGUUAUUAAUUGAUUUAUUAUUGUUGACAAUUAUACAGAUAAUUUAUAAUUUAAUGUUGUUGUUUUUUUUAACUUUUGAAUGUUGAUAUUUUGGUUUUGAAUUUGACAAAACGCUUUUUUGUAUUUAAAAAAAAAUCUGAACAGCAGGUAUUUCUUUUUUUUACCUGACAUGAUUCUAUGUAUUAAAGCAAUCAACACAUGUUCAACUUCAAUUAAGAGAACCCUUUACAAGACAUAGUCCUUGUGUAAGAAAGGACUAAAAUAAAAAAUGUCAAUAUUUGUUCAAAACAAAUUCAGUCCCAUGUAAUAACUUCCAUCAUCCAUGGUCAGACAAUUACAAUUAUGAAGAUGCAUGAACAUUACUCAUUCAGUCAUAUUUACUAACAAGAGGGACUAAAGGUAUUGUUGAAUUGUUUGCAGCAACUUGCAGAAGUGAAAGAAAUGGUUAAGAACUUAACAGAUAAAUGUCUGCAACAACUCGCAGAAGUGACAGUCGAUGCAAAAGUACUUCUAAGUUUUUUGGCACUAGGAGCUUCUCAGUGAUUUGAGAUUUGGUGGUGACAACUUUGGAAUUAUAUUUCUUCUCUAUUUUCUUUCCAAUAGAUAUUUAUUCAGAUACUUUCUACAUAAAGUGUGCAACUUUUGUGUGAUAUAUUGUAUCCAUAUCCUGUUAUAUUUAAACUGCUUAAUGGGCAAUUGCAAAAACGGGUUUGGAGACUUGGAGUUUGCAGCACACUUAUUUAGCAGUUAAAAGAUAACAGUUUUCUUGCAGGUUUUAUUAAAUUUGUACAUACUUUUGUUAAAUGCUUUAAUUAAUAUUCAAUAUUGUUGAAUGUUUAAUAAACUAGAACUCCGCGAGUUGGAUGCAUUGCCUGAUGGUAGCAUA